AUGUGGCGGGCACUGGCCGGGGCGCGGCGGCUUCUGCGGCCGGUGGGGGCCGCGGCCGGGGCCGCCCCACGGGCGGAGCCGCCGCCACCGCGGGUCCCGCCGGGUCGGGGCUGCGCGGCGGCGGGAGGCGGAGCCGGGCCCGGCGCGCUGGGGGCGGCGGCAGCGGCGGAGCGGCGCCAGCCGGAAGAUACUGUUCUUCCAAAGUUCAACAUUGACUUGGUUGUAGCACUGCUGAGGCAAGAAAAUGCUAAAGACAUCUGUGUCAUCCAGCUAUCUCCAGAAAUAAAAUACUGUGAUUAUUUUAUAAUUGUGAGUGGAUUUUCAACACGGCAUCUUCAUGCAAUGGCAAAUUACAUGCUGAAAAUGUACAAGCAUCUCAAAGAAGGUGGUCCUCAUACUCAGAUUGAAGGAAAAGAGACAGAUGACUGGCUGUGCAUUGAUUUUGGUGACAUAGUGGUGCAUUUCAUGCUGCCAGAGACACGAGAAGUUUAUGAAUUGGAGAAGCUGUGGACUCUUGGUCCCUACGAUGACCAGUUAGCACAGAUGACUCCACAGUCCUUGCCAAAAGACUUUAUAUUUGGACUGACUCCUAACAGCAGUGAUCAUCUUGAGACAAGAACUUAAAGCAGCUACUGCAUGGAAAGAGAAUUGAGUGUGCCUUAGUCAUAGUCUUGAGAACUGAGUAGUCAGUACAGUUCAUCAGUACAAGGCAGUAUUUUUGUUGGAUGUGCCUAGGUAGAGUUCUGAACAAGCUGAAGUGAGCAGAAUCAUAUAAUCAUCAAGAUUGGAAAAAGCCCUUAAGAGUCCAACCAUGAAACGUCAAAGAAGGAAUCCUGUUGGAGCUUCCCAGGGGAGCCACUGUCUUAGGGAAGUUUGCAGUGGGAAGAGUAGGGCAAAGACAGUUGCCCAAGCUGGAACUCAUGCUCAGCCUCUGGAGUAAUUGUUUUUUCUAAUAUCUUUGAAAGGCACCCUGUAGUGGCAGUGCAAAACAGACUAGAGUGCUGUGAGGGAAAACUGUGAAAUAGUACAGUUCAGAUGAUGCUUCUUGUGUUAAGCCAUUUGCUUCUGGUCACAAUAAAACAAGUCAUGGUCAGAAGGGAGGAACAGAAAACAGACUGGUGUUACUGAGAACAUGAAAGCCAAGAGCAACAGUGCCAAAUAA